AUGAGUCAUUUGGUCAAUAAAGGAUCCAUUUGGAUCUGUGCUUUUUUUUGUUUAUUGGAUUUAUCCUGCGGUCAGGUUGUCUAUUCUGUCACUGAAGAGGUGAAUACUGGAACAAUUGUCGGGAACAUAGCGAAGGAUCUAAAGCUUAACACAGAGGAACUGGAGUCACGCAUGUUUCAGAUUGUUUCUGGAUCUAAAAAGAAAUUUUUUGAAACUAAUUUAAGGACUGGGGAUCUGUUUGUCAGCGAAAGACUUGACAGAGAAGAGCUUUGUAUGUCAAAUCAGAAAUGUUCUUUAAACUUAGAGGCGAUUGUCCACCAUCCGCUCAGUAUGUAUGGCUUUCAGGUUAAUUUGUUAGAUAUUAAUGACAACGCUCCUUAUUUCCCCACAGAGGAAUGCAUUUUAAACAUUACUGAAGCUGCUUUUGAAGGAGACAGAUUCUCUCUACCUUUGGCACAUGAUGCAGAUGUUGGUAUUAACUCAGUGAGAAGCUACAAAUUGAGCGCAAACGACGCCUUCUCUCUCGACGUGCAGCGAGGAGACCAGAGUGUGUCUGCUGAGUUAGUGCUGCGGAAACCUUUGGAUCGAGAGAAACAAUCGGUGCUUCAACUAGUUUUGACAGCGGUGGAUGGAGGAAAGCCUCCCAAGUCUGGAACGCUGCAGAUAACAGUAAAUGUUAUGGAUGUCAACGACAAUACGCCAGUCUUCAGUAAACAUUUUUAUAAAGUUAGUGUUUUAGAGAAUGUAGCUUACGGGACGCACGUUAUCGCACUUCAUGCCACAGAUUUGGAUGAAGGCACAAAUAGUUAUAUAGAUUAUUCAUUGGUGGAGCAUGGCAAAGCGCAUGCAGCGGACGUUUUUGCCGUUCACCCUGUUACUGGAGAAGUCACAGUGAUAGGAGAAGUUGAUUAUGAAGAAAAUUCAGCGGUUGAAAUAAGGGUCCAAGCUACGGACAGAGGAGUUCCCUCGCGCAGUGCACAGUGCAAAGUAUUAGUUGAAGUUAUAGAUGUUAAUGACAAUGUACCAGAGAUAACAAUGACCUCAGUAGUGAGAGAAAUCCAGGAGGAUGCCAAGCCUGGAACGGUGGUUGCAUUAAUAACUGUUACCGACAAAGAUGCUGGGGGUGCCGGACAAGUAAAUUGCUUUAUUAUGAAAAAUAUUCCAUUUAAAUUACACUCGGCGUAUAAAAAUUACUACUCAUUGGUAGUUGAAGGUCCUCUUGACAGAGAAAACAUUACACAGUAUAACAUCACCAUCACUGCUGCAGACGAAGGGACUCCGCCCCUGUCUAGCAUCAGUAGUGUGACAGUUCACAUCUGUGAUGUGAACGACAACGCACCAAAAUUUCCAGAACCCUCACUUAAUGUUUACGUGAAGGAGAAUACUCCGGCGGGUGAAUUCCUGGCGGCAGUGCAUGCGCAUGAUCCAGAUAUUAACAGCAAUGCGCAGGUGUCAUACUCAAUGAUAGAAAGCACUAGGGAGAAAACGCCCUUAACAACGUUUAUUAACCUGAACCCCAUAACUGGUGAACUAUACAGUCUGCAGUCUUUUAACUACGAGGAGAUUAAAAUGCUUCAAUUUCAAAUUCAGGCCUCGGACUCUGGGGUGCCUCCUCUGACUAGUAACUUGAAAGUGAACUUAUUCGUCCAAGAUGAGAACGAUAACAGUCCCAUGAUCCUAGCCCCUUAUGCUGACCCUAAUUCUGUCAACACCGAAAGCAUUCCUUUCUCUGCUGAGGCAGGUUAUUUUGUUGCCAAGAUCAGAGCUAUUGACGCCGAUGCGGGCUACAAUGCGCUGCUCUCCUAUCAUAUAAUUGAACCUAAACGUACCGACCUUUUCCAAAUCGGUACAAGCUCUGGAGAAAUGAGAACUAAGAGACGAAUGAAUGACAAUGAUCUGAAAACUCACCCGCUUAUAAUUAAAGUGUCUGACAGUGGAGAACGUUCUUUGUCAACGACUGUGUCGAUUGAAGUGGUUGUUGAAAAAACUGAUGAUAUGCUUACACCACUGAAACAUAAGCCGUUAAAGAAGGAGCGUUUUCCAGAGAUAAAUCUGUAUCUCCUCAUUGCUAUUGCAUCGGUUUCAGUCAUGUUUUUGUCAAGCAUCAUUAUAGCGUCAACAUGUCACAACAGACACGGUGUUUUAAGCAGGUACUGUGCCCCAGUGAUAACGCGCUCUGACGGGAGUUGGACUUACUCAAAAUCGACACAGGAGUGUGACGUGUACUUCAGCUCAGACACACUGAAGAGUGACAUAGUGGUUUUGCCUAAACAGUUUUCUGCAGCAGAAGCGGAACUCAUCAGUGUUAAUGAAGGGGACAGUUUCACACGUACACAAACACUUCCUAAUGCUGAAGAGGUAAGAGAUAUUCCUGGUAUUAGCUGUUGUUUAGGUCACCCAUGA